AUGGAACUAGAGUUUGUUGCUUCCCUACCUUGUCUGAAGGUUAUGUGUUUAGAUAUUGUAAGGUAUGAGUAUGACGAUUCGCUGAUCCAUGACGAAUCCAAUUACCUUGAGACACUUCUAACCAGCUGCCCGGUUCUUGAAAAGUUAACCAUAAUCAGGGAUAUAUUUGAUUAUCUUAAAAUUAUUUGUGUGCGCUCUAAGUCUUUAAAAAGUUUAACUCUAUGGGUUGACUCAUGCCAAGUUGGUCUCUUGGAAGAUCAUGUUGUGGAAAUAGAUGCUCCGAGGCUUGAGCAUAUGAGUCUCCAUGAUCACUUAUCUAGAAGCAUCGUUAUACACAGUAUUGCUCCCUAUGCAUCGGUGAACAUCGAUGUUCACUUUGAUGGGAAUGAUGGUUAUACAUCACUGGACCAAGAUGAUGAUGAUUCUAAUUCCAAGAGGACUAUGAUCCGUAAUUUCCUCACCAAGAUAUCCACAGUCUCCCGCAUGGAGAUCUCUUACAAUACUCUAGAGGUCAUCCAUGAUUACUCAAAAUUGGAACAGUUACCUCACUUCUCUAACUUGUCUUGGUUAUAUGCUUCUUUCCUUGACUCGUUUUGGGAAUUGCUGCCAACCUUUCUUUGUUGCUGCCCGAAUCUACACAUACUCGUCCUGGAAUUUGUGUUUGAUAUAGAGGAAAGCCCAAUGAAACUCUCCUCUGUGCCACCGUGUUUCCUAUCGUCUCUCAAGUAUGUUAAGCUUGCCACGCAAGGCACAACAAAAACUUCAAGCCAGAUGAAAUUAGCUAGAUAUUUUCUGAGUCAUUGUGCUGUCCUGAAGAAACUGAGCUUAAGCAAGAGUUUUGGUGAUGGCAUCAUCAAGAAAAUAAAAAAGAUUCAAAGAAAGUCUAGAGAGUGCAUCAUUGUCACUGGUUGUGUGGCUUACCAUAGACAAGAUGAAUAA